CGGGAACGUGUCCGGACGUCCCCAAAUCCCGGCCCUCUAACCUCUCCGGCCUCCGUCCGUCCGACCCGAGGGGCGGGGCUUCUCAGCGGAGGAUCUGUCGCCGCCAACUGUGCUCUUCGGUUGUGCCGGCGGUUUGCUCGGUAUGCCGCCGCCACGGGGUGAUGUGACCGCCUUGUUCCUCGGGCCUCCGGGCUGUGGCAAGUCCGCGCUGAUCGCAGCGGUUUGCGACCGGAAUGUGGAGACGAUAGAGAUUCCCGAGGGACGGCCGGACUCGGGGAUCCCCAGCCUGCGAGCUGCGGGCCCUGGCCUCUUCCUGGGAGAGCUGAGCUGUCCGCCCGCGGAGCCAGGGCCCUGGGCGGCGGAGGCCAAUGUGCUAGUAUUGGUGCUGCCCGGCCCCGAGGGGAACGGGGAACCCUUGGCCCCAGCUCUGGGAGAGGCAGCGCGGGCCGCUCUGGCCCGAGGGACCCCGCUGCUGGCUGUACGGAACCUCCGUCCUGGAGAUUCGGAAAAUGAAGCCCAGGCUCGGGAUCGGACAACGGCCCUGCUGAACAGCACAGGGUUGGAGGCCGCAACUCUCUUCGUGCUGCCGGCUGAAUGCAGCAGCAGAGAUGGCUGCAAGGAAUUGGAGCGCCUGCGGGUGGCGCUGCGGAGCCAGGCGGAGGUGCUGCAAAGGCUCCUUCCACCGGUUCAGGAUGGCUUCGAGGUCCUAGGUGCGGCCGAGCUGGAGGCUGUGCGUGAGGCCUUUGAGACCGGUGGCCUGGAGGCAGCGCUGUCGUGGGUCCGCGCUGGCCUGGAGCGGCUGGGCAGCGCACGGCUGGACCUGGCUGUGGCGGGCAAGACUGAUGUCAGCCUUGUGCUGAACAUGCUGCUCGGGUUGGAUCCCAGUGACCCAGAGGACGAGCCUGUUUUCACGCCCCCGGGGCCCACGCCCUACCCGGCCCCAGAGCGUCCCAACGUGGUGCUCUGGAACGUGCCUCUGGGCUCCGCGGGCACUGCUGCCGCCCCCCAUCCGACCCACUACGAUGCCCUCAUCCUCGUCACCACGGGGGCCCCCACUGAGGAGGACUGGGCUCAGGUUCGGCCCUUCCUGCUGCCAGAUGCGCCGCUGGUCUGCGUGCGAACAGAUGGUGAGGGCGAGGAUCCAGAGUACCUGGAGGAAGAGGAAAAGGCAGAGAAGGCCGGCUCCGAGAGCUUGGAGAACGCAGGCGGAGAAGGGUUGAAGAAUGCAUACAGUGAGGGAAGGGAGAAACGAGGCACUGGGUUGCAGAAAGGUAGCGGGGAAGAAUCCGAUAAAGCAGAAGGCGGGGAAGGCUCAGAGAAAGGCAGUGAGAGUUUGACCCAUGUUGGCGGCGGCGGGAAGAAAUCGGGCAGCGGGGACUCAGAGCGCACGGCCGCACUGAGCCCAGAGGAUGAAACGUGGGAGGUGCUGGAGGAGGCACCGCCGCCUGUGUUCCCCCUGCGGCCUGGGGGCCUCCCGGGGCUCUGCGAGUGGCUGCGGCGCGCGCUGCCCCCGGCCCAGGCGGGGGCGCUGCUGCUGGCGCUGCCCCCCGCGUCUCCCCACGGGGCUCGGCUGAAGGCUGCGGCCCUGCGGGCGGGGGCGUGGCGGCCGGCUCUGCUAGCUAGCCUGGCGGCGGCGGCGGCACCGGUCCCAGGGCUCGGCUGGGCUUGCGACGUGGCGCUGCUGCGGGGUCAGCUGGCGGACUGGCGGCGGGCGCUGGGGUUGGAACCCGCGGCACUGGCUCGACGGGAGCGCGCGCUAGGUCUGACUCCCGGGGAGCUGGCAGAGCGGACGCGAUUCCCGGGCCCGGUGACCCGCGCUGAGGUGGAGGCGCGGCUGGGCGCAUGGGCCGGCGAGGGCACUGCGGGGGGCGCGGCGCUGGGCGCCUUGUCCUUCCUGUGGCCCGCGGGCGGUGCGGCGGCCACCGGCGGCCUGGGUUACCGCGCCGCACACGGCGUCCUGCUGCAGGCCCUCAACGAGAUGCAGGCUGAUGCAGAGGCCGUGUUGGCACCCCAUGGGCCAGCGCAGUGAGGGGUGGGAUGAGGGUCGGGGCUUCCGGGGUGCUCAGCGUCCCUGCUGCUUGGCUCCGCCAGGGGCUGAGGACUCCCAAGUCCUGGUUAGAGGGAGGGGGGCGGAAUUGGGAGUCCCGAAUCUGGCAUGGGAAUGUCUGGGCCUCGGAGGUAACGGAGCUGGGGGCUGCCACUCAGAAUCUUGAGUGCCUGAAGGGGACGAGGGCUCUAGGACUACUGAUUGGGCUCUGUGACUUGUAGUCCCCUGAAUUCAUGGCUCCUGGAGGGGAAAGGAGUCUGGGGGAGAGAACUGAUUUCCCUGGGGACCACAGGGCAUGGCACCAGAAUGUGUCCUGAACCUGAGGGGUUGUAUCUUGGUUUCCAGGGGAGUAGAAACUGGAUCUGUUUGGUCCUCUAGUCCUGGGAGGGGCCGGGGGGAGAGGUGAAAGCCCUGAUUUCUGCUGAGAAGGGUCUCCAUCAUUCUGGAGAUUCCAGUAUGAAGGAAGGAGUCUGGGUACCCAAGGGAGUGGGAAUCCUUGGAACUGCUGAGCCACUUGGGGAUGUAGGAGUUGGGCUUCUCAGAGGCAGUGGGCCUGCAUCCAGCCUCCUAGUUCCUCAAGAGGCAGUGGCUUUGAACCUUCAUUGGGGUGGACCUUGGUCUCAUUUGUGGGUGGUGGGAGGUCUCCAUCUACAGGAGCGAGCAGGAGACUGUGCAGAAGAGCUGGAGAACCUUUGGUCCACUUUGGGGAACAGAGAGAUGUCUAAUACUUGCUGCACCAGGGGCCUGAUGACCUCGAUUCCUUCCCCAGCUGUUGUGGACAGUCCCACAAAAAAAGAGGGGAGGAGGCAAGAGGUCUGGGCAUGGUGGGCCCUGGGGGCAGCCCGAGACCAGGAAUGAGACCUUCUGGGUGUGGGAAGGCAGGAACCCAUACCCCAGAGAUAUCUCCCACAAAUCCCUGACAGAUUUGGACCCUGGCUGUUGCCUCUCUUUGUGUGAGUUUGGGAGGGCUAUGACUGCCCCCGUUUUAUAGGUGCUGAGUGAUUUAGGGGAUCUUGGUGAGUCUGUUCCUUUGUCCCUCUGCUUCCUUAGUGGUUUCUCUUUUUGGUCUUGAUGUCUUCUGUCAUUAAGCCUAAUCCUUUCUGGUCUUGGUAUUUUAUACUCCUGCCUUUUUUGGAAAAGCAGCUGUCGUGCUGCACUUAUCCAGACAUUUCGGUGUUGGCUACCUCAGGUGUCACCAAGAGGCUCUAUCUUCUGGUGUACACACAGUGCUGCAGAGGACAAGAGACCCACAGAACAGCUAGGGAGUAUUCCAGACCGUGGGAGUGUGCCAUGAGUGAAGCAAAGGUAGAAGCCACAGUGCCUGGAAUGUUCUAGACUGCCAACUAUAGGUAGAAAAGAUGUCACAGGUCACAGAAUUCUUCAAUGUCAAAAAACAGAAAGGGGGGACCCGAAAGGCAAUGAAGUUGAACCUCUUUUAUGAGAGAUGGGGAGAGCAAAGCCCAGGGAGGACAGGCUCUAGGCCUAACAGCACACAGCAAGGUCCUGUGUAGUCUGGCCCCUGCCUGUUCACAUUCCCUAUGCCCACCCUGUCCUCCAACCAGCCUGAUCUUCCUUCUGAUGCCUGGGUGGGCCACCUUGGAUCCUACCGCAGGACCUUUGCAUUUACUGUUCAUUCUGCCUAGAAUGCUCUGCCCCCCAGAUCUUCCCAUGACAGGUUCCUCCUUGUCAAGCAGGUCUAAGCUCACAUGUCCCCUCAGAGAGGCUUUCGGUGACCAGUGUAACUGAAGUACCUCACACGUCAACAUUAUUCAUCUCAGCCCGUCAGUGUUUCCCUUGUAGCAAUUAUUACUGUCAAUAAUUACCUUAUUUAUUUAUUUACCUAUUUAAUAGCUAUGAUCCUGUGACUGGUCUUGUUCUCUGCUGUACCCCAGCACCUAGAAGAGUGCCUGGUACACAUGAUUAGUAAUUAUUCAGUAUUAGUAAAUACCAAAUUCAUGAGCAGACUGGAACUUAGAUUGUCAGCCUCUGGCCACAAGAUGGGAAAUGAGUGAGGUGGGAGAAACAAGCAUCUGAUGGGAGAGGAGCCCCUGUCAGAGGUCAGGGGAUCUGGGAGGCAAGCAAGGCUUCGCCACUGGCACUCUUGGUGACUUGGACCAGUGCCUUAUUUUCCCACCUGUGAAAUGAAAGGGCUGGAUAAAAACCGUAAACUCUUCCAAGAUCCUAUUUUCUUUGACAGCAGGAGACAAGGGUGACUCUCUAAGUGGCAGAUACCUGCCAGAUGGUACCCCCGUGUCCAGCUUGAACCCUUGCCGCUGGCACAGUUUGUCCCCUCAGUUGAGAAUGGCUGAGGUGGGAGAAAGCAUUUGGCUCAAUACUGAACAGCAUCACACUGUCCUCGAAG